AUGGGAAAAAGGAGAAGAAACGCAGUUCACGAUCGCAAACAGGUUCCUACCAAGAAUGUCACUCCUGAAUUGAAGGAAAAUGCCGAGGCACGUAAUGUUCUUAUAAACCAGCCUGAGCUUACAUUAAAGUCUUCCAAAAAGCCUCUUAAGGGAACAAAGCUAAAGAAGUUUUUAAUGACGACACAGUUAUAUGGAAAGAAAAAGCAGGCAAAGAAAUACAGCGAGAAAGAGUUAGAUAUUCCAGUUCUAAAUGAGUCGAUAAAUCCGGGUGCCAUCAAGAAGAAAGGUAAGAAGAAAGGUAAGAAGUUCGUGGCGGAUGGUGAUAGUGUAUUGUUGACAAGAUUAAUCAAGCAGAUAAAUGACGGUAAGGAUGAAGUUAAUGAAUCAAAGUUAGAAAAGGCAAGAAGGCUUGAGGACGUUCGCGAAUUAAGAAGAACCGAGAUCGAGCGGAAAGAAUCCGUCAAAAGACAGGAGUUGGAGAACGCGAAAGAUGAACUUAAAAGUAGUGCUUCUCAGGCAAGAUCUGAAAGGAGAAGAGCCUCGAGACUUAAGAAGAGAUUAUCUAAGAAUGUUGGAGCGGAAUCUGGCAGUGCUAAAUCUAAGAAGCCGAAGAAAAGUGUCAGCUUUGCUUGA